UACCAGAAGACUGUCGGGUGGAAUGUCCGGUCUCAGUGACUACAGCUCACAGCCCUCACUCCGCCUGUCAGGAAGGGCAUCCCUAGAAAUGGAUUUGAACCUCUAUCUGCAGCGGAUUGGAAUCACAGAAUUGACACCAUGUUUCUCCACACCGUCCCUUUCAGCGCUACGGGAGAUACAUCGCUGCCACCUGUUCUCUGUACCAUUCGAGAGCCUCAGUAUACACAUUGGGGAGAAGAUUAUCCUGGACACCCUCUGGAUUUAUCAGAAAAUUGUUCUGAGAAAACGAGGGGGCUUUUGUUUUGAGAAUAACGGCCUUUUCUUGUGGGUGUUACAAGAGCUGGGGUACCAGCCGCAGGUGCUAUCGGCCAAAGUGCGGAACUCAUUCACUUGUGUUUUUGGACCUCCAUUUGACCACAUGAUACUGACUGUGGAGUUGGAGGGCAGGCGGUGGCUUUGUGACGUUGGCUUUGGAGAUGGAAUCCGGGAUCCAUUUCCUCUGGAGGCAGGAUGGGAAGAGGAGCAGGACAGUGGUGUGUUUCGGUUACGGGUGGAAGCGGAAGAGUGGUACUUGGAAAGGAAGGAGGACAAUGACCAGUGGAGGAGCCUGUACAAGUUCACCCUUGAAGAGAGGAGAUUUGAGGACUUUAGGGAGAUGUGUGACUAUCACCAGACCUCACCAAGGUCUCUCUUUGUUUGCAAAUCUCUCUGUUCCCUACAGCUACCAGGUGGCAGACUGACCUACAUUGGACGCAAGCUGAUCAGCACAGAGUAUACCAAGGGUGGAGGGAGUGUGAAGACCAACGAAGAACUCAGGGAGGAGGAAAUUCCUGAUAUGCUCAGAGAGAAGUUUGGGAUUGUGCUGAGUAAAAAACUGGUACCAAAGGAUGAGAUGUUGGCUCCAUAUGAUAAGGAUUGAGGCUUCAGUGCAACAACACUCUACUUACAUAUGUCUAUAAUACCAGUCACAAUAGUAAUUAAGGACCUAAUUCAGCAUGGAUUGCAAAAGCAAAAUCUUUCUCUAAUGGGAAAAACCAUGUGCACUGCAGGGGGGAUGGGGCAGAUGUAACAUGUGCAGAGAGAUUUAGAUUUGGGUGGGGUGUGUUCAAACUGAAAUCUAAAUUGCAGUGUAAAGAUAAAGCAGACAGUAUUUACCCUGCACAGAAACAAUAUAACCUAUCCAAAGUAUGUAGAUAUACGUGUAACAAAGUGACCUAAUUAUCAAUAUUUGUGAAGGGGGCGUAACUUUGCAAUCAAUCAUGCUGCAAUCUGUGAUGAGAAAACCAUUUCUUGGAGCAAUUUAUCAUUAUAUAUUGCGUGGGGUGUUUGUUCUCUAACUGAAGGAAACAGUUUGACCGGGUGACCUAAUGAUUGAUUAUAAAUUCACAAAACUUUAUUAUACAAGUAACAAACAAACAAAUACCAAACAAGAGUGAUACUUAACUUUUAUCGAAGUUAUCAGACAACAUCAGAGAUUCAUCUUCUUAACAUAAGAUGUAGUUCUUUUCAUAUCCGAUGGGCCCUGGUCAUCAUUUGUCAUCAAUUCUUGAAUCAGUCCAUAUACAGUAUAUACAGCAGGCAUCUUAUUGCAAUCUCUAAGAUUGUGCACUGAUGCCCAAUCUCUUUAUUUCAGCCUUUACUUACAUACCUCAAACUGGGCAUUAGCUGCUGGAUGUUAACCCUAUUAAAGAAUGUUACUAGUACCAGUGCUUAUCUUUUGCAAACUGCGCAGUAAGUUCUAACAUAUAUCCAAGACACAGAAUGUCUAAAGCUAAACCAUCAGUUUUCUAAAGCCCUUUGUCUAAAAUUGAGAAUAAAGCUUUACUUCUCUAAUGCUCAUUCCAAUGGAAUGCAGCUCACACUAUGGCCCUCAUUCCGAGUUGUUCGCUCGGUAUUUUUCAUCGCAUCGCAAUGAAAAUCCGCUUAGUACGCAUGCGCAAUGUUCGCACUGCGACUGCGCCAAGUAACUUUGCUAUGUAGAAAGUAAUUUUACUCACGGCUUUUUCAACGCUCCGGCGAUCGUAAUGUGAUUGACAGGAAAUGGGUGUUACUGGGCGGAAACACGGCGUUUCAGGGGCGUGUGACUGAAAACGCUACCGUUUCCGGAAAAAACGCUGGAGUGGCCGGAGAAACGGUGGGAGUGCCUGGGCGAACGCUUGGUGUGUUUGUGACGUCAACCAGGAACGACAAGCACUGAACUGAUCGCACAGGCAGAGUAAGUCUGAAGCUACUCUGAAACUGCUAAGUAGUUAGUAAUCGCAAUAUUGCGAAUACAUCGGUCGCAAUUUUAAGAAGCUAAGAUUCACUCCCAGUAGGCGGCGGCUUAGCGUGUGUAACUCUGCUAAAUUCGCCUUGCAACCGAUCAACUCGGAAUGAGGGCCUAUAUAAGGUGCAGCCUAUUAGAUGUCCACUACUGUAAAUGACAUGUACAAGUAAGUUAGGCUGCUCAAUGUAUAUCUUGUCAGACCCUAACGGUUACAGCCAUCUUCAACAUGAAUAGAAUCUUCCUAAAGCUGCAAGGGACAAUGAACAGGUAUUAAAAACUUUUUUGCGGGCAGUACGGGUGGUGUAAUGGUUAGCAUUACUACCUCACAGCACUGAGGCUAUGGGUUCCAUUCCCACCAUGGCCCUAACUGUGUGGAGUUUGUAUAUUCUCCCUUUGCUUGCAUGGGUUUCCUCCAGUUUCCUCUCAAAAUCCAAAAAUAUAUUGGAAGGUUUAUAGGCUCCCAACAAAAUUAACCCUAGCGUGAAUGUGUGUACAUGUGAUAGGGAAUAUAGAUUGUAAGGUCCACUAGGGCAGGGGCUGAUGUGAUUGGGCGAAUAUUCUCUGUACAGCGCUGCGGGAUAUGUGUGCACUAUAUAAAUAACUGGUAAUAAAUAAUAAAUACAUUUGCAAUG